AUGAUAGCGACCAUGGAUUGUGCCCUGGGCAGUGACAACGUCUUUGGCCCUCGCGUCCUUCAAGCCUGUCGCCAAUUUGAUUUCACUCUUCUCUUUGAAGACACAAUCUUCGCAGCUGUGCCUGCAGCUACGUUCCUGCUCCUGGCCGUGUUUCGUCUUCCAGCACUGUUUCGUGGCCCCGUCAAAGUCGACUCGCAUCGACUCGCAACUUACAAACUGGGCUCUCUCGCAGUACUGCUCACGCUUCAAAUACUUCAUGUCGCAUUCCAAACCCAAGCUCCGAUUCUACGUACAGAUGUUGCCUUGGCUGCAAGUAUUCUUCAGGUUGUGGCUACGGCGACGGCUAGCUUGCUUUCAUGGCUCGAAGAUCAGCGCUCCGUUCGCCCAUCGGACAUUAUGGUCCUCUACUUCUUUAUCGCCACUUUAUUGGCAAUCCCCAGAGCACGUACGCUAUGGUUACUCUCGCCCAUGGUCGAAACGCAAGCUAUUGUAUGGACCUUAGUCGCUAUUGCAACAGCCGCAGUUCUGUGUCUUGAGUCAAUUCACAAGACACGCACCUUAAUGUUGGCCUAUAAACAAUCGAGCAAGGAAUACACAUCCAGCUUCUGGGUGCGUAGUUUCUUCAUCUGGAUGCUACCGCUGUUUCAGAACGGCUUCUCGUCAAUACUCGCCCUUCACGACAUGCCCGAAGUAGACCACGACCUACAAGGACGAUCAGCAGAAGAUCGGCUGCUCAAGACCUGGUCCAAGAAUGCAGCCGCACAAAAAAGCAAAUUAGUCCGCGUCGUGUUCCGUGCAUACCUAUGGCCUUUCCUGAGUGCCGUGGUGCCUCGAUUGUGUCUCACAGGUUUCAAAUUCUGCCAACCAUUUCUCAUUUCCGCCACCGUUGGCUUCUUGAGCGAUCUGCAGGUGUCGGACAGAAAGCACUAUGGACCCUCACUAGUUGGGGCUUUUGUCCUGGUCUAUCUAGGAAUGACUAUUUCGACAGCUGUGUACUGGCGCCAGGCAUUCCGGUUCAACACCAUGAUGCGGGCCGGCUUAGUCUCGCUGAUUUACCGACAGACAAACAAGUUGGAAGCAAGUGAAUUCAAGUCGGAAUCUGCCAUCACACUCAUGGGCACGGACGUCCAACGCAUUUCCAGACAAUUUCGCACCCUUCACGAAGCAUGGGCUGCCCCGAUCGAUGUUGCAGUGGCUGUCUUUCUCCUUGCUCGUCAACUGGGCAUCGCGUCAGUGAUACCUGCAAUCAUCUCAAUAUUCUCGGUGCUUGCCACCAUUCCAGUCUCUAAGAUGUCUCGUACGGCGCAAAAGAAUUGGCUCGAACGGGUCCAAGCUCGUCUUGCAAUCACGUCGAGUAUGCUACACGACAUGAAGUCGGUGAAGGCUUUGAGCCUGACCGAGAAGCUACUUGCCUGCGUCGCCGAGUUACGAUCGGUGGAGUUGCAAGUGUCAAAAAGGUUCCGCCGCUUGGUGGUCGGCGAAGUUGUGCUCUCAAAUGCACCUGCUUCCUUGGCGCCUUUUGCAACAUUCGUCGUAUAUGCCAUCAUUCAAUCAGUUCGAGGCAAUCAAACUCUUCUUGCCAGUCGCAUGUUCACUUCUCUCUCAUUGAUCUCCUUGAUGACCGAUCCCCUCCUGAUUUUCAUUCAAACCCUUUCGCCACUGUGGGAGUCAUUGGGUUCGUUCAGUCGCAUAGAGGAUUAUUGUCGUAAGGCUCCGAUAGAGGAGAUCGCUUCCUCAGGUGCUAUAGGCAACGAAAUGGAACUCUCUUCUCGACCGCUCUCGUCUGUGACUCCAGGCGUUGUACUGGAGAUGCGCAAUGCCACCUUUUCAUGGACUGCUGGCGGUCCUCGUCUUCUUCACGGUAUGACUGUCGCAUUUGCGAAGAAAGAAAUCACUGCCAUCAUUGGACCUGUCGGUUGCGGCAAAAGUACGUUUCUCGAAAGUGCACUCGGAGAGACUACCCUCAGAGACGGGACCAUGUCCGCAAUCGCGUCCCCUUCGGUGGCGUAUUGUCCCCAGACCCCAUGGAUCAUGAACGACACCAUCCGUCAGAACAUCAUCGGUCCCGUAGCAUAUGAUCCGAAAUGGUACAACUUUGUCAUUUGGGCAUGCGCGUUGGAACAAGACUUGGAAUCAAUCUCAGGUGGUGAUAUGUCUAAGUGUGGCAGCUCUGGGAUAUCAUUGAGUGGUGGUCAAAAGCAGCGCAUUUCUUUGGCUAGAGCGGUCUAUUCGCGAGCUCCGACUGUUCUUCUUGACGACGUCUUCAGCGGACUUGACAACAAGACUGUGGUGACCAUCAUGACUCGAUUGCUAGCAAGUGGUGGGCAUUUCAGAGAGUCGCGUAAAACGGUUAUUUUCGCUACCCACAAUCACCGUCUACUGCCAUAUGUUGACUGGAUUCUGAUUCUUGAUAAUGGGACGAUAUCUAAAAUGGGAUCCUACAAGGAACUCCAGCCUGACUUACCACAAGAUGAGGAUGACAAUGAGCCGGGAGGUCGCUCUGAAGAUACCAUCACCACUCGAGAGACCGCAGUGUCUGUUCCUUUACUUGAUGAAGCUCUGGCAUCAAUCGAAGAGACUGUCGUGGACGCCGAUGUCGACCGUCGCGACGGAAAGUGGUCGGUUUACACAUACUAUUGUCGCGCCGCCGGAUGGAUACUUUCGAUCUCGCUGGUGGUGGUCACUUUCCUGUAUUCUUUCGCCCAGAGAUACACGGUGAUUUGGCUGCAGGAUUGGGCAAAUGCCAACGAAAACAAUCCCGAUCAGAAGCCCGGAAAAUACAUCGGGAUUUAUGCGUUACUGGUUGGCAUUGCCACAGUGAACCUUUUCUACUCGGCUUGGGUCCUUCUUGUGCCAAUUAUCACCAACACUGGUCGGAACAUGCACUCCCAACUCCUAAGAACGACUCUGGGUGCACCCUUCAGCUUCUUCCAGCGUACUGAUGCGGGUCUCACAACGAACCGAUUCAGCCAGGAUCUGGAGCUCAUUGACAUGGACCUCCCGAUAGAGGCAAUCAACGUUCUUGCUUCUCUUGGAGAGUGUUCUGUUCAGUUGAUACUUCUUUGCAUUCUGGGCAAAUAUCUUGCCGUCGCAGUUCCAGUGCUAGUGGCUGUUCUUUACCUGGUACAGAGCUACUACCUUCGGACUUCUCGACAAGUCCGAUUACUAGAUAUAGAGGCCAGAUCUCCAUUAUUCACGCACUUUGUGGAAACCAUGAAUGGCAUCAAAGUGAUCCGCGCAUUGCGCUGGCAAGAUUCAUUCCAAGUCCGACUGCAGGAUCUAUUGAACGAGUCGCAAAAGCCGUUCUACAUGCUCUUCUGCAUCCGGCAAUGGCUACAGUUGGUGCUUGACUGUAUUGUGAUGGGUCUUGCAGUGGUCCUCGUCUCCCUUGUUGUUUCUCUUCGGGAAAAAUUCAGCGCGAGCAGUGUCGGUGUUGCUCUCAACUUGAUCCUGGUCUUCAACCAAGAUUUAAUGUUAUUAUUACGGUCGUGGACCAUGUUGGAAACUUCUAUUGGAGCCGUCGCCCGUAUCAAGGACUUUGUCGACACCACGCCAUCCGAAGAACGAAGCGGAGAAAGCCUGUCAACUGUGCCCCCGACUUGGCCCAGUCAAGGCCAGUUGAUAUUUGACCGUGUGGUCGCGUCAUACGGACCCGAGUUUUCCCCUGCCCUGGACAAUCUCUCCGUGAAAAUCGAAUCUGGGCAAAAGAUCGCCGUUUGUGGUUCCUCCGGCAGCGGCAAAACAUCUUUCAUUCUAGGGCUUCUGCAAAUGGUCGAGAUCAAAGAAGGACGCAUCGUUCUUGAUGGCAUUGACCUCUCGACUCUACCUCGCAACACUGUCCGAUCUCGAUUCAAUGUGGUUUCGCAAGAACCCUUCUUCAUGCCGGGAACCCUACGAUUCAAUCUCGACCGCGAAGUCGAUGGUCAGCCUGUUGCCGACGCAACACUCAUUCGUGCGCUUGAAGCCGUAGGCCUUUGGAGAAAAGUCAGUGAAGACUGUGUUCGUGGUACCGAACUCGACCAGCCCCUUUUGAUUUCUGAUUGGUCUAUGGGCGAACGUCAACUUCUUGCGCUGGCGAGAGCAUUGGUCAUGAACAGCCCGAUUUUGAUCCUCGAUGAGGCGAUGAGCAGUGUGGACUGGGAGACCGAAGCAACCAUGCAAGCUAUCAUUGACAGAGAGUUCAAAUCUCAAACUGUCAUCUCCGUCAUCCACCGGCUUCGCUAUAUCGAUCGCUACGAUCGGAUCGCCCUUAUGAAAAGGGGUCGGCUGGUUGAAUAUGCACCGCCGGCCGAGCUCCUCCGUACACCUUCAGAGUUUGCCUCGUUCUAUCGUGCAAGAAUGGAUACUCUGUAA